AUGAAUUUUAUGAUUGCCGCUACUGUUUUGGGAUUCAUGAUGCUCAUUCAGAUGGCCGGAGCUGCUUAUAUCGAGAAGGUGGACGGGAUUUAUAAAGAAGAGAACAGCUUGGAGAGUUCUCUACAGGACGCAAUCAUGAUUAGAAAUCUAAAUAGAAGAGAUAAUAACCAAGAAGCAGAAGAUGUAGACCCCUCAUUUAAUCAGUACAUGGAGUUGAAGGAGGAUAAAUGGGUUGCUUUUUUAGCAACAGCUUCACCAAAUCAUUUUGAGAAGCUUAUCAAAAAAAUUAAAAAGAUAUUCGGCAAGGGGUAUGAAGAAGAAGAGGAAGAAACAGAAGAAGAAAUCGAGGAGCCUGGCGAUGGUUAUGAACAGCCACCUGCAGAUGAGGAAGAUGAUUGUGAAGAUUCCAAGACCGCAAAUUAUAAAAAGAGUUUGGAACGGGACAUAUUUGUUUCUUCUAGUAUGAUUAACGAGACCAAACCAUUUGCCGAGUUCUUAUUUAAACUUAAAGAUUAUGCCAACAAAGGGGAUUUAAAGAACGUGUUGAAAGAAGCAGGUGACUUCAAUUACGAGAAUUUUGGAAUGGAAAAUACUGACAACGACAAUGUUGCCGAUUUCGGUGUUGAGCAUGUUACUUUCAAUGAUGUCAAGGGUUCCGAUAUGAAGAAGUGGCUAAAAAAUAACGCCAAAAGAAGAGCCGAAAUAAUCCAGCUCGCUCUUACCGAUGAUCAUUUUAAUGAUACCGCCAUUUUCGAAGCAGAAGAGUUUGAAUACCGUAAAGGAAACAUUUUCCUUGAUGAGGACGAAAAUGACCUUGAAAACUCAGGGUGUACAAUUAUGACAAGGCGUUCUAUUGUUUCAGCAAUUCUGGCCUUUUCUGUCGCCAUAUUUGGGUCUUUUUAA